GUAUAGAUAUCGGAUUUGGAGAGGAGAAUUAGUGGUUACAGCAUUCGAUUUUCAACAGACAAAUCUUGGGUUUAGAAUAACUUUACUGAAUGAAGGGGAAUAUUAGUAAAGUAGUUUUUCUAAACAGGGGGGAACUGCGUUAAGAACAUUUUUACAACUGGGACAAAUUAUCAUGCACUUGAGGAUUUAUUAGUUAUUUAAUACACAGUUUACGGAACCACAUUCUUAGAGUGAUAUGGCUCAUAAUCAGUCGAACUAGUCCAAAUUCAUUUUCCCCUAAAUCUUGUGUCUUACUAUUCCCUUGUAGAUACCUUUCCAAAUCAUGUUUUCUAUUACCUUGUUAAUAUGAUCUCACUGUCCUAAUAGGAUUGAUCAUCUAGAAAAUUUUCUUAUCGACUUAGAUGCACAGAUGGGAUAAUUUUGUCUAGUAGAAGCUUUGACAAAAUACAAUCCUCUGGUCGCUUUAAAUAAUAAUAUCGGGUAUGUUUGGGAAUGUAUUUAUCUCCCUCCUAGUACAAAGUAUUCCUUUGCUACUUAUGUACUGCAGUGCCUAGGUUCGUACUAGGUGAGGAUGUAGUUGAGCACUUAUCUUAGAUGUCUUAUCACUAAUAGUUAUUUGGUAUAUAGCAACUCUUCUACAAUCAAUUUUGAUUACGGUUAAUUUUGUCGAGCCCUUUUAUUAAUUUAUUUACUGACAGUGUUUUUGGAACAGUGACAAUUCGUCUAUUUCUUUGUAUUUUUAUGACCACAAUCAUGUCUCUAUAAACGUGUAGGCUUGACCACAUGUGACAGCCUACACACAUAUCUCUAAUCUUCUGGAUUCUUCAUGUCCCUUUUUUCUCUUUUCGAAUUUAUUUCACUGGAUUAUACUCCUUGAAUAACACCUUCAAACCCUAAUCUUUCCUAUUACUGCUUAUAGUUUUUCUACCUUUAUCGCUACGAGAUUUGAAUCGACAACUGAAUCUCUGUGCUAAUGUGGUAUGGCAACUCAGACUGAUGUGCGUACGUACGAAGUUCUACGUUGUUACUAAUUGACUGACUCUCUAGCUAAUAUGUUAAUAUCUUAAAUAUCGCUCGAUGAGUCAUUGUCUUUCCCAUGUAUAUACGUACUCGAAUUCUAUUAUUAGCCUUUGCCUUGCCUAGCUGCGUCUUAUUCGAUGUGAGUGUAAAUUUGCCUCUGUAUUUGGUUACAUACAUACAUUCGCCUCACUGCUUCAAGUUCGCCCGAUGUGCUUGUAGCUUUGUUAUCCGUACUAUCCGCUAAUAAACUGUGGUUGCCGCUUCUUAUCGCCUCAAUUUAGACACCGUUGGGAUUUAUAUAAUAACGGUUAUCAAAGUGACUGAUUAACGAAGCCAAGCCACUAAAGGUAUAUGAUGGAAUCUCGACACGGAUUGGAAAAAAUUGUUUUUUUGUCGAACCCUAUAACCUAAUGUUUUAAAGUUAAAUGAACUAUCUAUUCUUACACUGCCGUGCUACAGUCUACUUGUGGGGGCAACUGGUUAAUAUCAGUAGCCUCUGCACAAUAAAGUGUAUCUCGAAGCUAUAUACAUAAAAAGUCACCUGAUAAAUGAGUUACUUAAUAACAGCCUACUGUUUAGUGCUUAACUACCUAAGAUUUCUCAGCUAAUUCAAACCAUCUAAUUACUAAAUAUGUUUCCAAAAAAUAUGUUUUGUUUUGUUUAUUCAUAUGUUUUUCUUUAUUGGUAAGAUUUUCUAUAAGGACAUACAUAAAAAUUCAUAGACUUCUUUCUACUUUCCUAGACAACCAUUGCUGUUAUAAUUACCAUUACUUUUUUAUUCCUAAGAUGGUUAUUUAGCUUUAUCACAUUGUUUUUUAGAGUCAUAACGCCAAAAGCCAUACAUCUCCACUUCAGUUUGUAUAUGAACCUUAUAUAGUUGAGUUGUGUGGUCCUAUGCCACCACUUUCUAGUAAUCAACAUAUUCUUUGGAUUGAUGUUCUUCAAAUGUAUGAAAAAACUGUAAUUACUAAACUCAACCAUCAAGCACAAACAUCACCAAACACUUCCGAAACCAAGCCUAAGUCAGAAACAGGGGAAUUUAACGCUGCAGAUUGUGGUGGAACUGCUGUUGGUAUGAAGAUAAAUUACAAGACAGAAGAAAGUUUCCUAAGUGAUGAGGUGAAAAAAGAGUAUGAUAGUGAUGACAGUAACCAUACGGAUAUUAAAAUCAAUGUUUCAAAGAAGGAAGACUCCUGUCCGACAACUAAGUAUUUGGGCCUUUCUUGUCAACUAACUGCUGGAGCUUGUGGUAUUUCACCUGCUGUUUUUAUAGAAAGGUGUCUGCUAGAAUCACGUUGUGGACUUUUUAUGUGACCUAUAAAAACAGAAAUAUUAUUGAAGAUAAUUUUUGUACAUAAAUUAAUUGUUUUAGAA